GCCUAAUGUCAGGGCUCCAUCGAGUGGGCUCGCGACCUCCAGGCGGUACUGCUCGGUCCUUGAGUUGGCGCGUUUUGCAUGGCUCAUGGAAACCAGGCUUGUGCAAAGUCAUAUAGUCACAACCCUGACCUGCCCGGGGAAGGGGAGGCCCAGAGAUUAACAGAGAACAGGGGCCCCGCAUUCGUGAGGCCCUUCUUAGUCACUGCAGUCCUGGACUAACCGUGUCCCGCUGUCAUGCAGCCCGAGGACCUGAUGAACAUGCAGCACUGCAACCUCCUCUGCCUGCCCGAGAACUACCAGAUGAAGUACUAUUUCUAUCAUGGCCUCUCUUGGCCCCAGCUCUCUUACAUUGCUGAGGAUGAGAAUGGGAAGAUUGUGGGGUACGUCUUGGCCAAAAUGGAAGAGGACCCAGAUGACGUGCCCCAUGGACAUAUCACCUCACUGGCUGUGAAGCGUUCCCACCGGCGCCUUGGGCUGGCUCAGAAGCUGAUGGAUCAGGCCUCUCGAGCCAUGAUAGAGAAUUUCAAUGCCAAAUAUGUCUCCCUACAUGUCAGAAAGAGUAACCGGGCUGCCCUGCAUCUCUAUUCCAACACCCUCAACUUUCAGAUCAGUGAAGUGGAGCCCAAAUACUAUGCAGAUGGCGAAGAUGCGUAUGCCAUGAAGAGGGACCUUACACAGAUGGCUGAUGAGCCAGCCCCAGGGUCUGGCUCCUCUUGUCUCCUGUCUGGAGACUUAGGCCCUAUCUCUUUCAACCCGCUUCCCUCUGGGCUCCCGUCGGCAGCUGAGGCGGCACCUGGAGCUGAAAGAAAAGGGCAGACACAUGGUGCUGGCAGCCACGGAGAACAAGGCGGAGGGCAAAGGCAACAUGCUUCUGAGCUCGGGAGAGGCCUGUCGUGAGAAGAGUCUGGCUGCUGAGGACAGUGCUGGGGACAGCAAGGACCUCAGCGAGGUCAGCGAGACCACAGAGAGCACAGAUGUCAAAGACAGCUCAGAGGCCUCUGACUCUGCCUCCUAGAGCCUGCCCCACCUGGUUCAAGCCUCCCCCCAUGUGCUUUUACAAUAAAUGUGGUCCUGUGGCCUUGGGGAAUUUG